AUGCAUAGACCUCCUGGCCAGCAGCGAGUCAUCAUUCACUUUGACUACGACUGUUUCUACGCCUCAGUCGUCGAAAAUGAGAAUCCGGCCCUCAAAUCGGUGCCUCUAGCCGUCCAACAAAAGCAGAUUGUGGUAACCUGUAACUAUGAGGCCCGGCGGAGAGGUCUCCGAAAACUCCAGCUUAUCACCGAAGCCAAAAAGGUCUGCCCCGAGGUGGUGAUUGUCCUAGGUGAGGACUUGACUCGUUUUCGUGAUGCUUCCAAGGAUCUGUACAACUUCGUCCAGCAAUCCAUCUGGAGCGGCAAGGCCGAGCGACUUGGAUUUGAUGAAGUUUGGCUCGAUUGCACCGAUAUGGUAGACUACAACAUGGGUUUGCUCAACCUUAAUGAUCUUUCUCAUUCCUUCUUCUGCAUGAGCAGAGACGACCCUACCGUUGGUUUCACAUACGACGCAUCAAGUGUCUAUGGCCCUACUUAUCCGUCGAAUCCGCCGCCCUCUGUCCAGCUCUCGUCAGAGGAUGAAGAGUUGCGACUGCGCCUUGUGCUCGGGAGUCACCUGGCAAGGCAUCUGCGACAUGAGUUGGAGUCUCAGAAGGGAUACACAUCCACGGUGGGAAUCGCUAUGAACAAACUGUUGGCGAAGUUAGCUGGGAAUGUGAAUAAACCCAAAAAUCAAACAACAAUUUUGCCACCAUGUGAGCCAAAUGGCAGCGUUGAAAGCAAUAUUACCCGGUUUCUUGAUGACCAUGACAUAGGAAAGAUCCCCGGCAUCGGAUUCAAGCUGGCCCAGAAGAUUCGUGCCCAUGUACUUGGUCGAGAUGCGGCCUUUGCUGAAGGUCUAGUGUACGGAGGCACCAAAGAGUCAGUGACUGUCCUCGACGUUCGCUCCUAUCCCGGUAUGGGUCCUAAACUGCUCGAUGAUAUCCUGGCUGGUCCAGGCUCGUCUAAAGGCAUUGGCGGAAGGAUAUGGGACUUGAUCAACGGUGUCGAUGACUCGGAGGUUGCGAAAGUGAAGCGCGUUCCCUCGCAGAUAAGCCAGGAGGAUUCGUACAUGAAGUACUUGCACACUUUCGAACAAGUCAAAAAUCAGCUGCAGAUUUUGGGUGAGAGACUGAUUCGGCGCAUGCAAAUUGAUCUACUAGAGGACGCCGACGACGAUGGAAGAGGUGCCGGUGAAAAUCCGCGGCGUCGCUGGAUGGCACAUCCGCGAACUCUGCGCCUAUCUACAAGACCUCGUCCACUCCUAGGCCCGGAUGGAGCACGAGCAAGGACGUUUCAGCGCAGCUCUCGGUCAGGGCCCAUGCCGAACUUCGUCUUCAGCCUGAACGAGACAACCUCUGCUCUUGCCCAACGUCUAGUUGAGGAAGCACUAGUUCCCAUGUUUCGAAAACUACAUCACGAGCACGCCAGCUGGAAUCUCAGCUUGAUCAACAUUGCUGCCACGAACAUGGCGGAGACAGCAGCUGAAACAAAAGAAAGCCAAGGGCGAGAUAUUGGAAGGAUGUUUCGGCGACAGGACGAAGUGCUCAAAGAUUUCCGAGUGACUGUCCACCCAGACGAAGCGGAGCACACUGAGUCGGCCAUUCCGAAUUCUCCAGCUGCCCAGUCUCCCGACACAGUGAGGACGGGAUCCGAUAUUGGCAUGCCGGCAGAGAAUGACUGGGACUCGGAAGAUGGCGAGAGCCAGCCUUUGGAGCGGUGCGAGAUCUGUGAAAACGCCAUUCCGGCAUUCGCAUUGGCCGCCCAUCAGCGGUAUCACGAAUUAAGCAAUUAG